GAAACCUAACCGGUGAUUGUUUUAUCAAAGAAUUGUUGGCUUUUAUUUAAAUAAUUCGAAUUUUCUUAUGAACAUACAGUACCAAUUACUUAUUAAGUUUAACUGUAAUAAAUCCGGGGAGAAAUUGAACAAAUUAGUGAAGAUAAACCGGUAAUCGAUAUUGGCCACAUUGCCAACUGACACUUGUCAUUCCAUGCACUUGUCAAAAGUGACGUUUAGUGCGUGUGUGUAAAAGUUCAAUAUUUUCGGUAUUUUCACGUGAGAAUCAAUUUUUCGGCCCUAGUCACUGUCCUAAUUACUUAAAUGAUCAAUAUUGAUGACUUUGUUGUGAUGACAUUGUCGUAAAUUAUUUAGUGACAAUGUCCAAUGCGGAAAAUCCAAAACCGAUUUUGCCUAAGAAAGGACAAAUAAUCAUUGAAGAUAUCCAGGAUUUAGUGUUGUGUAAACCCCGUUUGAUCCCUCUUAAAAGCUUCACCUUGGAAAAAUUGGAAAAAAUGCAACAAGAAGCGCAAAAAUCGCAAAUGCAACAGAGUCCGAAAGAAGAGUAA